AUGUCCACCGUAGAGCCGGCAGAAAUAUCAGGGGCAGUGGAAAAGACUCAAGCCAGGACAAACCCGCCUGGAUCUCCGGACGAUAAGCAUCCUCCUACCGCAGAGGUUGACGUUGAUCGCGUAUCAAGCCUCUCAGAAGACCAGGACAGCUCCGAAGCGGAGAGUUCGGAUGAUCCAGAUAUGCCUGUGUGGACGGGGGGAAAAUGGAGAGCACAAAUUAAGAGCAAAGUUGUAGGGAACAAGGAACCCAAGAAGGAGCCUAAAGCCAAGGAGCCCAAGACAAGUGACCCAAAAAAGACGGCCAACGAUCCUAAGAAGUCUUCCUCUAGCUCCGGGAGAUAG